GUGAGAGUGACGUGUUUUGAGGGGAAUUUCAAUGCAGUUUUGGCCGUGGAUGUCGAAUAUAAAUACCGAGGCUCGGACCGAGGAAAAGUAUUCCCUCGCAGUUCAGCAAACGAGAAGCUACUACAACUCCUCAAAAAUGGCAAAAUUCGCAUCUCUCGCUCUCCUCGCCGUCUUCCUCGGAGUCUGCUCCGCAGCUAGCUUCGGAGGAGUGAAGGAUUACGCAGGAAACUACUAUGACUUCUCCACCGGACAAUACUCCAGCGCCCUCACCGGUAAGGUCUACAACACUGCUCCCUUCGCAUACGUUCCUCCUGUCGCCCCUGUUGUAGCCGCCCCUGCCGUUGCUCCCGUCAUCGCCCCUGCAUCUUACGUUGCCCCUCCAUCCUUCUAUUCUCCCUUCUACGGACCUGCAGCUUACGUUGCCCCCUUCUUGAAGAAAUAGAUUCCUGAUUCACUGAUUGUUCGUUCUCUCUAUUUAUAAACUCCGAGCCAAAUGUCCUUCCUUUUUUUUAUCUUCUUUCUUGUCCAAGAGAGCUGUGAGUGGCCAAAAAAAUUGAUGCUCAAGCACUUUUGUACUGGAAAAAAAUAAAUUGAUUAUUUUUGUAA